GUACUUUGACAAAUGGGAAACGGAUGCGCACGCGGCCACUGGUUAGGUCUUUAUAAACCCAGAGAGCACCGGGCAGAGGCGUAGCCUGUCAGACCUGCUGUGCAACUGAACUCCAGGACCCUCUCUCACUGUCUCUUCCUCCCGUUUCUCUUUCCAGAGUCAGAGAGCACUCCGACAUGAACGGCCACUGCAACGGAAAUGUCCACGACGCCGUGGAGGAGUUCCACUGCAACAACGGCUUCAGCAACCUCAUCAUAGACACCAAGACGGCCGCCGUGCACCGUAAGCACGAGACGUCCCGCAAAGAGGCCGAGGACAAGUCCCGCUUACCUGCUCUCGAGGCCGCCUACACCAGCAUCCUACGGGAGCUCGGCGAGAACACGGACCGGCAGGGGCUGCUGCGCACGCCGUUGCGCGCCGCUAAGGCCAUGCAGUUCCUCACCAAGGGUUACCAUGAGACCAUCGACGACAUCUUAAAUGAUGCCAUAUUUGAUGAAGACCAUAAUGAGAUGGUGAUUGUGAAGGACAUAGAUAUGUUUUCACUCUGUGAGCAUCACCUGGUACCCUUUUUCGGGAGGGUUCACAUUGGAUAUAUCCCCAACAAAAAAGUGGUGGGACUGAGCAAGCUGGCAAGGAUUGUUGAGAUUUUCAGUCGCAGGCUUCAAGUUCAAGAGCGUCUGACCAAGCAGAUUGCCAUGGGAAUAUCUGAGGCUCUUCAGCCGAAAGGCGUAGCUGUGGUUAUUGAAGCAGCGCACAUGUGCAUGGUAAUGCGUGGCGUCCAGAAGAUGAACAGCCGCACAGUGACGAGCACCAUGCUGGGAGUUUACCUAGAGGACCCCAAAACCCGGGAGGAGUUCCUGACUCUUUCACAGCACACCUAACAAAUGUUAUACAUACACCAUUCACUCCCGAGCCUCUGUAUACAGUCGCACAUGGCAAGUUCUGGAGUAGCUGUGGAUCUGCAUCCGACUUAACUUUAAAGAAAAUGACGAAGCAGUUGCAGGAAAAGUAAAGCUGAUUUUUAAUGCAGGAUCCAAGCCAACUCUGGAGCUCACCUCAAUACACUGAAGCCUGAAGGAUUUCAGUCCUGCUGCUGAAAUCUAUCAUUUGAAAUCACUGUGAACAAAAUAGGAAAUGUAAGACUCACAGUCUUGGUGCCUUUGGUAGAUAGUUUUUGGCAAUAUUGUUUUUAUAAAUUAUGAAACCUCAAUGAAAUGUUGUAGUGUGACGAUACUUAAGAUUUUCUUUUUUUUUUCCAGAUGGGAAUUUCAUUGAUGUUUUUACAGUGAUAUUCUUGAACCUUUCCUUGCUUCAGUAUUGUAUUUAGAAUCCACUGAUUUUAAUAAUUUAACAAACUGUGUCUCAAUUCUGAACACAUUUAUACAUCUUUGUAAUAUAUGACAUUUUUAAGAUAUAAAUCUAAUCAUUAUAAUAUUAUCUGUAGUCCAGAGAGUCAUGUACUUAGUAGAUAUUUGCUUUUAUCAGUAACCACCCGCAGUGUUUUUAAGGUUCUUUGCUUAAAUAAAGUGAUAGAAAUAUGA